AUGGAUAAGGAAGGAAAAAAGUUCACCGGUUGUUUCUUUAUCCUGAUUAAAAACCCGGACGGCGUGGGCAGCACAGUGACGCUCGCAGACGCUCGAGAACGGCCGAGCCGUGCAGCUGUCGAAACGCCGCCCCGUCGCCGCAACACCAGGAGAGGUGCCACAGGUAGUCGGGAAAUCACAACGUAUCUGGGUGGAGGCCUCUGCGAGCCCGGGUCCAGGAGCCCCUCAAGUUCGCGCCUCUGUACCUCAGCAGCCUUUCUCGAACGAGCCCUGCUUACGUCGUGCCCGGUAGACAUCAAGCCAUCGGGGAAGCUUCGAUGCGGCUGGAUAUGCGAAGAGGACACACAAAGGAGCAUACUCAGAGGCUCUGGCAGCUUGCGCAGAGAUUGUGAUCUUCAAAAAGAAAUGGAGCUCUGUGGCACAGCUGGAUUUGAAUCUGAAGUACAUCUAUGUCGGGGCUUUUGCUGUUGUUGUUCAAUCGGAUCGUCCCAGCAGUUUUGCUGCUUGUUACUGGGGGUAAAAGAAGCGCUCUACAAAACCUUGGACUCCAGGAAAGGUGGGUCUUUACUCCUAAAAGAAUGAGUGCUAUCGGAAGGAGAUGCAAAUAAAUCAUUAAAGACAUCUGUUAACAUAGACUCGGACAUACAUUUAUUGACAAUAUUUAAUCCAU